AUGACACCCGAGCAGGUGCUUGGGUGGUUCAUCGUCGCUACGGAUGCGGCGGCAGCUACGGCAGUGGCGGCUGCGGGGCGCCUGGCUCAGCUGCACUGGGAGAACUCACAGUAUAACAAGCGCGUUGGAGUGAUGCUGCUGCCCAAGUACCCCCGCGUGGGUGACACGGUGCAGCACUAUAUGCACAUGGGCAAGCACAGAUUCGAGAAGAAAGAGGGAGAACACUUCUCUGGGAAGGUGUACAAAGUUGUGGGAUACACGGCAGGCAUGAACCACAGGUUCAAGAUCGAGGAGAGGGACGUGCCAGAGCAGGGUGCGGUGGUGCAGCAGGUGCUGCAGGAGUUCAAAUACGACGAGCUAUUGAUUGUGCCCCCUGACGCAGAGGGCAUGGAAAGUAACGUGGUCCUGGAAGCCCGGAAGAGGCUGCAGUGUUCCCUGCACAGGAUGCGGAGAGAGGGUUUGCAGCCGGCGCCUGGUGAUGACAGUGAAGUCGUUGGCGCAGACGAUGACGGUGGUGGUGACGGUGAUGGCAGGGGUGGCAGGGGUGCAGCAGAGGCGCCCCCCGCCGCUGUGGCGGGCACAUGGCAGCUCCGAAUGUGGCGUCAGACCGAGCCUGCACUGGCACCUGUUUGGCGCCGCCAAAUGUUGGCCUAA